AUGAUUGAAUGCAGGAAUUUCCCCUCUCUGCAAUUCGUUAUCUUUCUUUGGUCUUUGUCAGGGUCAGUGUCUGGGCUUUCGGCUACGCGGGUUCAGAGAUUAAAUAAAACAAGCCUGUCAAGUAUUUAUUCCAUUCAAUUAUAUAUAUCUACAUUAUUAUUAUACAUAUACAUCACAAAAGGAGGCCAGGGAAAGAAAAAAAGCCAGAUCAAUGCCAGAUACAAGGAAACUGGAAGCGUCAAAUACUCCAACUACCCUGUUAUUUCCCCUGUACAACAGACAGUCAAGGUCUCAAGGUUGUUAUAUCAAAUGUUUUACUACAAAUUCUCUAUUCUGGAACAAGAUUGUGUAGUAGAAAGCAGGGAGUUGCAUUUGGAUUUGAUGUGGGGGAUUAAUGGAUUGAAUAUUCUCAUUGAGAGUGAAACGUCCGGCGUCAGUUGGCCUCGUCCUUUUGGCUUCUCAAUCAAGUUCCGGAUGAAAACAACUUUAUCUAAUAUCUGUAUUACUCCACAGAUACAAGUCAAUGACGGAAGAUUUAUUUUCAUUAGUCUACUUGUUGAAUUAGGAAUUUCAGAAAUCUCCACUUCUUUAGCUCAACUUUCAAAUUCUCACAACAAAUCCCAGUCCCAGCAACGACUCUACAAGCCCAGACUAAAACCAAAAAGUACCCGCACAUUUGAGCAGCUUAGACGUUCUUCUCGUGCACGUAACCCAGUUCCUUCAUAUUGUGAUGAUGUAAAUACCUGUGAUGUACUGCAAAAAAAAUAUAGUUCAAGGAUAAAGCAACGUUGUGAUGACUGUAUUUGGUUCCUUCCUGACACUGUAGAUUCAAAUUCAGUUAUAACUUUCAAGACAUACUUGUAUUACACCAUUACAGUGGACAUAGACCUUCCAUCUUUGCGAAAGAGAUCAAGGUCAAAUUCAUCAUCUUGGGCGAGCUAUCUAGCAAGGCCACUAGAUGAAGUCAAAACUGCUUCGUAUGAAGAAAGGGUUAAGGCUAUUAAAGCUGCAGAGGAUCUCCAAAACAGUUUACAAUCUGGGAAUCCAUCUUUUGUAAAAUCAAUGGUUAGGUCCCAUGUUUACAGUUGUUUUUGGCUGGGGCUACCUUCCAAGUUUUGUGAGGACCAUCUUUCAAAAAUGGUAGAAGAUAUGGUAUUAGAGGACGAAAAUGGUUCAGAAUAUGACGCUAUCUACAUUGGCAAAAGAGCAGGGCUCAGUGGUGGCUGGAGAACUUUUGCACUGGACCACAAAUUGGACGAUGGUGACGCUCUGGUUUUUGAAUUGAUUCAACCAACCAGAUUCAAGAUUUACAUAAUUAGGGUAUCAUCAAUUUUGAGUCAAGGAUGUGAAGAGGAUGUUGCAGACAAAGGACUUACCAGUUGCAUUAAAAGUAGAACCAGGGGGAGCAUGAAGCUUGACUCAAUAUCAAGUAAGCAGAAUUGCUUAUCAAUUUCUCAAGAGCUCAAGAUAAAAAAUGCUACGGAUAAUGAGAGAAAGUAUUUUGAUGUGUCUCAAAAACUCAAAAGGAAAGGCAAAGCAACCACUGUUAGUAAAUCAAGCAAGGAAGAACUGGCCAAGGAUGGUGGAAAAUUUGCCUCUUCUAAGCCUAGAAAAAAACCUGCUCCAAGAUUGUCAAGGAGUAGAGUGUAGAAGGAAACAUAAGGCUUGCAAAAUUUUCCAGGUUAGCAGUGAAGAAAAAGUUUAGGGUUUUGCUUUGAGUAGAAAAGAGAAGCGCCUAUGUUUGCAAUGAUGCUGUUACUUUCUCAGUUCUGAAAUCAAACUAAUGUCGGACAUUUUCUACUGUGUUUUUUCUACUCCCUGUCUAAUUAUGUUUUGUAUGUUGCUACCUAGGAAAACCAAUUGGGUUUAAGUCAAGCUGUACAAAGGAAGGUAGCUUCUUUUAUUGGGUCUGACAUGCUAAUGAUUGUGUCUCGUGAUUAACAUUUGUUGAGAUUUGAGAUGAACAACU